GACGUCACGGCGCCCCGCACCGCGGCCGGUGCCUGAGAGGCUCCGCGGGCGCGCGGCGGCGGGGGGAGGCGCGCGCGGGGGCAUCGCGUACCGCACCGCACGCUGCGGCUCGGCUCGGCUCGGCUCUUCUCUUCUGCAGCGCGCCGCCCUCGCCAUGUCGGUGGCCGGGCUGAAGAAGCAGUUCCACAAGGCGACCCAGAAAGUGAGUGAGAAAGUAGGAGGUGCAGAAGGAACCAAGCUAGAUGAUGACUUCAAAGAAAUGGAAAGGAAAGUGGAUGUCACCAGCAGAGCAGUUAUGGAAAUAAUGGCCAAGACAAUAGAGUAUCUUCAGCCCAAUCCAGCUUCCAGAGCUAAACUCAGCAUGAUCAACACUAUGUCGAAAAUUCGAGGUCAGGAAAAGGGACCAGGUUAUCCUCAGGCUGAAGCCUUGCUGGCAGAUGCGAUGCUGAAAUUUGGUCGAGAACUUGGAGAAGAAUGCAACUUUGGACCAGCACUUGCUGAUGUGGGAGAAGCUAUGAAGGAACUUUCUGAGGUCAAAGACUCCUUAGACAUGGAAGUGAAACAAAACUUCAUUGACCCACUUCAGAAUCUCCACGACAAAGAUCUGAGAGAGAUACAGCAUCAUUUAAAGAAAAUGGAGGGUCGACGCCUGGAUUUUGAUUACAAAAAGAAAAGACAGGGCAAACUCCCUGAUGAAGAACUUCGCCAAGCUCUGGAGAAAUUUGAUGAAUCAAAAGAGAUUGCUGAAUCAAGCAUGUUCAACCUUCUGGAGAUGGAUAUUGAACAAGUGAGCCAGCUUUCUGCUCUUGUACAAGCCCAGCUGGAGUACCACAAGCAGGCCGCGCAGAUCCUGCAGCGAGUUACUUCUAAGCUGGAAGAUAGAAUAAAAGAGGCAUCAUCUCAGCCCAGGAGAGAAUACCAGCCCAAACCCCGUAUGAGCCUGGAUUUCACUACUGGCGACAAUACUCAGCACAAUGGAGGAAUAUCCCAUGCCACAACACCCAAACCAUCAGGUGCUCACAUGGAUCAGCCAUGCUGCCGAGCUCUUUAUGACUUUGAACCAGAAAAUGAAGGGGAGCUAGGAUUUAAAGAGGGUGAUAUCAUUACCCUCACUAACCAGAUUGAUGAAAAUUGGUAUGAAGGCAUGCUUAAUGGCCAGUCGGGUUUCUUCCCCAUCAAUUAUGUCGAUAUUCUAGUUCCUUUGCCCAAUUAGGAUGGCUGAUUCACCACCUCUCUGACCCAGAUAGUUGUGUCAGUACCACUGCUUUCAAAAUGCUGCUUCUUACACCUCACAAGUGCGAGCUGCAGUGGUUAGAGUCAUCGAGUCCCACUGAGCAUCUUUGGUUUACGUGUUGUCAUACUACGUAGUGGUGAUGCGUGGUAUCUUCUGAGCCACCGCAACGUGCGUUAGCUCGUGUGGCCACACCAGCCUGGUGGUAACCAGAGCCAUUGCUGAUGUGAGGUUGGAAAGAUGAUGGCAAGCAGAACUUAUGGUGAAGUAGUCGGAAGUGAUGGCGAUAUUGGGAAGAUAAUGCCUAUCACCACUGUAUUACUUUUCAGUCUUAGUUCUCUGUAAAAAGAGGGAAAAGUUCUUGCCAUUCCACCUUUCCCUUCCCGAUGAUACGGUUCACACAGGUCUAAUAUUGCCUAACCAGUGUUGUGUCUUCUGGCCAAAGCAGCUUGGAAGCCUGCGGUGGUCUCAGAGACAGUGUAAAUGUAGGGUCUCUGCUUUCUCAGAAAGUGAACCGCUGUACUGUGUGUCCUGCUGAUCUCUGCUCAUUUUUAUAUUCUUUAUUAUUAUUAAAAGGCCUGUUUCCAUCUGUAGAUUAAUUGUAAACCAUAAAAAGGAGAUUCCUAUAGUAAAAAGCUUGGACUACAACCACAUGAAUUUCCCCUUCAGGGUCUCUGAGCAUGAUUAACAAAAGGCCGGCGGGAGAGCAGGUCAGGGAAUAAAACUAGCAUAAAUGUUACCUGUUUCUUGACAAGUUCUGGCACAAAGUCACGCUCCCUAAACACCAGAUAUUAAUUGUAAACACAUUCACUGGGGAAGAAAAUAAGCUACCAAACACAGCCCUCACUUCUUUUAUUUCUGUCUACCACGUGUUCUUCGAACAUCAUUUGUGCAUAUUCUGCCCUCAAUGAGGACUAAAUAAAAUUUAUUUCUUUUUGUGUUGAGCAAUUAAAGACAUGUGGCUGUAUACGCAAAAACGUUUCCCGUAUGUUUAGUUCUUUUAUUUUCCUCCUUCCUGCAUUUUGUGUGUACGGUGCUGUGCUCAGCUUCUCAGCAUUCUUUUGGUAACAAUUGUAAAAGUUCCCUUAGUUUAGUUAUCCAGAGUUCUAUUUAUCUAAAUUGUACAGACUCUUUCAGAGGUUUAAUGUGCUGCUUCGGAUGUGCCACUUCAGUACUGGAUGACGUGAAAUAAAGACAAUUCCCUACUGCUUAAUGUAUAAACUAUAUCUUGGAAAGUAUUGAUAUUUCAAAUAAAUAAUGAUGACGGGAUAACUAGAA